UGGAUAAAUAGAGUUAGAGAGAGAGAGUUGUGUAUGGGUGUGUAUUUUUGUGUGAGGGGUGAGAGAGAGAGUUGAUAAAAGCAUAAAUUUUUCUUGGUCUUUGGAGGGGCAUGUAGUAGAUGGGUUUACCCUUCUCUCUCUCUCUUUGUAUCUUUUUUUUCCCUGAAAUCUGAAACCGAAAGAUCGCUCUUUGGGUCUGAGGGAGCGUUGAAGUAUAUAUAUUUUGGGUCUUUUAUUUUUUUUUUGUGAGAGUGAAUCUCGUGAGUUGGUGGUGGCAGUUUUCAAUCUUGCACCGAUGAGGAUCCGGAAAAGACAGGUGCUUUUCCCUUCAUCUCUCUCGCCGUUGCCUCUCUCAGAUCCCCACCUGAUCAACCGGUCACCGGUGAUGGUGCAACUCGGCGAUGCUACAUCCACUGUACCGAAAUCUUCUUCCACACCACUACUCCCACAACAUGCUGCUGCUGCUGCUGCAGCACCAGCUUCAAGCUUGGAUCAUCAUCAGCCGUCUGAUCAGCCACUCCCACCGAUCGGGAAACUAAGCAACGGCUGGGAUCAUCGCUUCGGCAUCGGUGGUGACAGUGGGGCAUACCGACAGCACAACAAGCAAGACCCUUUGGACGAGGAUGUUAGAGGGCAAGAGAGUGAAGACUCUAGAGAGAAGGAUAAUAAUCAUGCCAGGAAAGGACGAGUCUUGGGUUCGGAGGUUUUGCUACCUGCAAGUCCUUCUUCUACUCAAGAUGGAAGAUGGUGCAAUGCAGAGAAAGCGAUUCCACUUAAGAAACGGAGAGGGAGCUUCGAGAAUGGGACGGUGAAUAAUAAUUAUAAUAGUAAGAAGAUGAAGGCGAGGAUGAAGACGAAGAUGAACAAGAAGUGUUCUACGAGAAAUGAUGAUUAUAACAUGGAACACGAAGACGAGGAUGAGGAUGAGGAUGAGGAGGAGGAAGAAGAAGCGGAAACAAAAAAAGAAGUGAGUGUAAUUAGUAAGAGGAGGGCAAGGGGUAGUGCACUCAUGGAAGGGUCACGGUGCAGUCGUGUGAAUGGGAGAGGAUGGAGGUGCUGUCAGCAAACACUGGUUGGUUACUCGCUGUGUGAACAUCACUUGGGGAAAGGAAGGCUCAGAAGCAUGACAAGUGUUAGAAGCCGAUCCAUUGUCUCAACUACGAUUGCACCAAAGAAGUUGCACGACCACCCUUCUGUAUCUGCUGCAUCAUCUUCUUCUUCUUCUCUUGGAAAGCAAACCAAUAAGUGUGUUACUGAUGAGAAGAAGAUCAAUAAGCCUUUGAUAAUCACGAAGAAGAGGAUGAAGCUUGGAAUGGUGAAAGCACGAUCUAUGAGCAGCUUGCUGGGACAAACUAGCACCCAGGUUACUUUAGCUCAUGAGAAUAACAAGUAAGGCGAGAAUACUAGUGCAGAAACCGUUGUUAUUUCAUGUACUCUCCAAGUUGAAAGAAAUUUUAAUGCUAGAAUUUGUCUUAUAAAUAUAUAUAUAAUAUAUAUAUACUUGUUGGUUGG